CCUUAAUUCCUGCACCCAGAGAGAACAAAGAUCGGGCUUCUCGUCUUCUUUUCUUCUUUUUCACGCCCAUGCUUCCAACAGCAACAGUAGAACAGGGGAAAAAGGUUGAGAGCUUGAUGAGUUUUCCAUUCUUUCCCAUCAUCUGACAUCAAUUUCCCUUCUCGCAUUCCCACUUCUCUGCUUCUCUCGGGCUCGGAGCGUCCUUUAUCUGUUCCUCCCCCCUCUUUCGCUCUUGUGGAGAUUUGGCAUUAAUGGCGGAAAAGAAGCAGGGAUUUGCUUCAAUCCUUUUUCUGGUGCUUGUGCUCAGUGGGGUUUGCUCUGUUUCAGCCGCAUUUCCUGCAAAGUUAGUGGGUGGAUUGUUUUCCAAUGCCGCCUCAGCAAUCUUGAAACGAUUGUGGACAAUCACUUCUGCUCCAAAGACUGUGAUCUCCGGCCGCCCAUUGAUGAAAUUUGAGAGUGGGUACACUGUGGAGACGGUGUUCGACGGUAGCAAGCUUGGAAUUGAGCCAUUUUCAAUUGAAGUCUUCAAGGGCGGCGAGCUCUUGGUUCUGGACUCUGUUAACAGCAAUAUUUUCAGGAUAUCUCUGCCGCUGUCCAGAUACAGUAGGCCCAAACUUGUUGCUGGUUCGGCAGAAGGUUAUCCUGGUCAUGUUGAUGGAAAGCCACGAGAAGCAAGGUUGAAUCACCCGAAGAGUUUAACUGUCGACGAUAGGGGAAAUAUAUAUGUUGCAGAUACUAUGAAUAUGGCAAUUAGAAAAAUAAGUGACACAGGUGUCACAACCAUUGCUGGGGGGAGGUGGAACAAAGGGGGGCAUAUAGAUGGGCCAAGUGAAGACGCAAAAUUUUCAAAUGAUUUCGAAGUGGUUUACGUUGGCAGCAGCUGCUCGCUUCUGGUUGUAGAUCGAGGAAAUCAGGCAAUCCGUGAAAUUCAACUUCAUUUUGAUGAUUGUGCCUAUCAGUAUGAAACUAGUUUUCCAUUAGGGGUUGCAGUGCUCUUUGCUGCCAUUUUCUUUGGUUACAUGCUUGCUUUACUUCAACGACGCGUGGGAGUGAUGGUUUCUUCAGAAGAUGAACCUGUGAUCGCUGUGAAGACCAACGUACCCCCUCCAUACCAGAAGCCAAUGAGAGGCUCAGUGAGACCGCCAUUGAUUCCAGAUAAGAAUGAACCAGAGAAACAACAAGAAGAAGAAGGCUUCUCUAUCUCAAAUGUUAAACUUCUAUCCAGCCUGAAGUCAUCUUUAGCUGAAAUCAUUGGAAUAAUAUUCAGAAGGAAACCCCACAAGAAGCAUCACUCAAAUCCUCCUCAACAAUGGCGGCAUAACUCAUUUCCAAUGCAGGAAAGCUUUGUCAUUGCCAACGAAGACGAGCCGCCACCUGUUGAAACGAGGUCGCCGAUGCCUCGGAAGACUUACGCCUUCAUGUCUCAUGAUCCUGAGAAGAUCCAACACCUUCGGCAAGGCCAGGUUUACUUUGAUAAUUGGGAUGGCAAAAUGAUUCUUCAACAACAAAAGUAUCAACAGCAACAACAGCAACAACAGCAACAGGUGCAUCAACAUCGGCAAUAUUCUUCGGGUCCACAAACUUUCUAUGAGCAGAACUGUGAAAAUACAAACGAAAUUGUGUUUGGAGCCGUUCAAGAGGAUAGGAAGAGGACAAUGGAGAUUAGAGCUAUAAAUUAUGGUGACACAUACUAUGAUCAGUUUGGGAUGCGGUACAGGAUUGGUUCCAGUGGUUUUAGCAACGGCUACUGAGCAUGUCUUUCUUUACGAAUACUUUUCUUUGUAAGAUAAAUCAAGUCUUCAUUCCUGAGUUAAUGCUUUAGCUUUUUUAAUAACUCUUGUUUCUGGUGCCCUUUAAUGUUGUGUUUGGAUGCUUGGAAUAUGAGAAGUGAAUGAGAGCCAAAUCAGUUGCUGUAGAUUUAUGUUCAGAUAAUUAUUGCCAUCCAAU